AUGUCACUGCUCAAAUCGUUCGGCCAGGCGCUCCAGCGCUCGGUCGAGGUAGCUCGAGACGAGACCGCCAAGAUGAUGAGGAUGGAAAUCUCGCCGACGUCCAAGAACCAAGGAGCCUUGCUCAUCUACGCCAUGACGCAACCUGCGCAUCUGUCCAAUUUUGCGACCGGAUCCGACUCGGACAUUGGCGGACUGUCGCAGUGUCGCCUGGGGCUCGACGAGUCGUCGCGCGGACGCUUCUACGGCACGCUGUCGUCGCAGGUGCCAAGAGGCGGCAAGAUCGAGAAGAGUGGCUAUGCUGGAUUCCGCAAUCGCAACCGUCCUACACUGUUUGGCAACCAGUGCUGGGAUACAACGGUGCACCCGUACCUCGCUCUUCGUGUGAGGAACAGGUUGGCUAAGAAGCCCGUCGGCAACGCGGAAAAUACGGAUAAGGCGGAUGGUCACGGAGGUAGUAGGUUGCGUGCAGCGCUGCAUGCGAGCGAUCCGUCGGGUCCAGCGGCGAGUCGUGCGGUGCACGCGCUUGGACUAGGAAGGAAGGAGCUGCCCGGUCCCAAGUUCUUUGUCAACAUCCAGACCGAUGGUCCUGUCACGAGUGACUUGUUUCAGCACCGACUCUACCUCGACGAAAGUAAAGGAUCCGACUGGCAGACUGUCGUCAUCCCAUUCGACGACUUUGUGCUCACCAACACGGGCCAAGUGUCCAACUCGCAGGUCUCGAUGAUGCGUGAAAAGAUCCGCACCGUCGGCAUCUCAGCCGUGCUCGACGUGCCCGUACCGCCUUCCGCCUCCAAGCCGCCUAGUCAGGAUGCGCCGCCAUCUGCGCUGUCUCGUAGCUCGCGCUCGACGUCGGAAAGCGACGAGGACGACUGGGCUGUGGACGGCGACCUUCGUGCUGAUGGCGGCGAGAAAGGACCGGUGCGGGGCAGCAAGAGGGGGGCAACGUACAACUUUGACUUGGGCUUGGAGAGCGUGUAUGCUGUAGGAGAGCUCGAUGAGUUGGAGGGCGUGUUUCAGCAGUAG